AUGGGCGCUGAACUCUCAACGGCGAGGUGGCUCGCUCCAACAUCCUUCGUCAUCGACUUUGCCGCGCAGACAUACGGCAUGCUCAGCUCUCCCAACAUGAAGGAUAUUCAUGAUGCAAAUAUCUCGUUCUUUUCUCCCCAGCCGUACUUUAUCGCUGGAUUCUUUUUCCCUCAGCAGCUGUUCCAGUUGGCCUGGCUCUGGCGCCUGUACAAGGCCGAGGCGACCCAAAAGGAUGUCUCCAGCAUGGUCGACUUUGCGCCCUUUUAUGCGCUGGGUAACCUUUGCAUUGCUACUUGGAUGAUCUUCUGGAACAAUAAUAACCUCAGGGUUUCCAACGUCUUUGUCGUCAUCAACUCUGUGGCGCAACUGUACUACAUUUCAAGACGCCUUCCUCCCAUGGAUAUCAGCUCCACCAACUCGGUCCUUACUCACAUUGUCUCAAAGACCUUUGCUGGCAUUGGUGUCCUGGAUCUUCUCCACAACUCCUCCGUGGCCUACUUUGUCAACGCGCAGCCCUCUACCGCCGUCAAAGUCGCCACGGGUAUCGGUUUCGGCCUGCUUUCAGCCACCAGUGACUGGAUCUUUGGUGGAUGUCUGGUUUAUGAUCUUGUUGCAUUGGCUGUUGGUCAGUCUGUGUACGGGAAUGUGGGCUGGAGUAGGUUGUUGGGAAUCUACGCUGGAGGAGCCGCCGCAAUCGUGGGCAUGAGAAACUUUUUCAGUCCACCUUAUAACAGGGGCUUCAGAGGAGACUACCAGUCUCUAUAA